CUAGGAAUACCAAAGCUGUCUUUGUCUUCAUCUCUAUUGUUUCUUUUUAUAAUUACUUCUCCAGUUGCCUUCAGCGACGCCACCACCACUUCCUCUGCUAGAGUAACGGGAACCACCACCAUCUCCAUAGCCACCACCUUCACGUCGGCCUCCGCCACCACCACCACCACCACCGCCGCCACCGCUCUAUUGUUUCUUCCUCUCCGUUGAGACUGAGAAUACCACCUCCGGCCACCAUCACGCUCCAAACCUGAGAACUUAGAGAUUGGACAUUCUAACAGUGCAGGUGUUUCAGCUUAGUUAGCUGCUGAGACGUUUGAGUUUGUUAUAGGCAACUUCUGAAGACCUAAAUUCAAAUGUCAUACCUAGCACUAAUCUCUAAUUUCAUGUCCCUGACUCUCUGUUAGUAACUAGAUGGAUAUGGAUAUGGAAAAACCCAACUUUCUUCAAUCUGAUUGUCACUCAAUCUUGUCUACAAUCAAACACGAAGAGAAGCAGCUUCAAUUGAAAAGAAGGUGGUUAUUGGGUCUUCCCUCAUCUGAAGCUGAACCAAACCGAUCUAAAAAGACCAAUAUUUUGCAAACAAGGUCAUUGCCUGAAUCUUUCCUUAGAGAAGAUGAUAUAUUCUACGAUACUGUAAAAUCACGUGUGGAAGAAGCAUUUGGAGUGCGCCCUGCUGUAACAAGGAAUGAUGUUGAAGUUGAUAUAGAUGACUUGGGAUUUCUUCACAUGCCCAAUAAUAUAACAAAGGUCAUUUUAUCUUGCAUUGAUAAUUUGACCACCAAGGGUCUUUACCUUCUUGCCAAGAUACUCACACAAGGUCGAGUGGAGUUUGAGAAAACACGAUGGAAGAUGAAAAAGAUUGUGACAGAUUCUAUUUCAGUCAUUUUUGGAGGCCAAAAUUAUAAACGUCCUUGUCAUAUAAUGGAAAUUUCUGGACAUCUAAUUCAACUUCUUAAUGACCCUGGAAAUUUCCGAGAUAAUCUUGUGCCAUUUUUCAUUUCAAAAUCUACAAUUCAGUGUGCUGCCGCUACAAAGUUAUUGAAUUUACUUGAGAGCUUUUCAACAGAGACCUUGAUUGUGAUGUAUAGGAAGCUAAAGGGAUACAAACAAAAGAUGCCUCAGUUACAACCCGACCGAUGUGGAUGGAAUCGAGAAUAUCUGGUUAAGGAAGUGAGAAUAGUUUGUGAGAAGAUGCUUUCACAACUUGGUAAAGGAGAUCAGCUACAAGAACCAUUAUCUAAAGCCUUGGCAAUAGCAUGCUUGGCACUAAAGCUAGCGCCGGGUUUUCACAAUUCAUCCACAACAGAGUUUUGCCAAUUCUCAGCUGAGAUAAAAGCCCUCCAGAAUGAGCUAAUAAAGGCUAUCUGGUUAGUUAGAACAAAUGUCAAAGUACCAGAGCUGAAGAACAUAAAAAACUUGGUGGAUCCAAAUGCUAAAGUAUCAAACAAGUUUUUGCGGAAAAAAAUUUCAAAUUUUUUAGUUCAGUACCUUCUGCAGUGCAGUGAUUUGGAUUCAAUUCCAAGUUUUUUACACAAAGCUCUUACUAUAAUUAACGGAAAAUCUCGAAGCACACCAGAAGGGUUCCAGUUGAAAGAUGCAAUUGAUGAAGCAGUAGAAUGUAUACUGGAUGUUAGUGCUCACACAAAACAAAUUUUUUUGGAUUUGCUGCCUGCACAUGAUUUCGGAGAUGAUUUUACUGACGCAUAUAUGCACAAUCUGUCUGAAAGUGAGGAUGAUUGCAGUUAUGUUGAUGAUGGAAGGGAUCAAGAUGAUGAUAGUGAAGUUGAAAGUACAGCGGAUUUUGUACCAUUUAAUGUGAAUUUGCCUACUGCUGAAGACACUCACCCCGUCGAACCAGAACAUAGGUUAGAACCAGAGAUCUCUAGUGGUGUGGAUAACUUUAAUUGUUCUGCUGAGACGGCAAAAGAAAUGAAUAACAAGCAAACACAUAAGAACCAAUACCUUGGAAUCCAAGAAAUCUGUGAUGAGACAAGCAUGUUUGCCUACAAUCUAAUCGGUCGAAUGAUGAAGGAGUUUGAACAAAAGGGAGGUCUGGAUAUGGAUUGGUUCAGUACUUUGUAUCUCAGAGGUGGUUGUGCAGAACAUGAAGAAGAAGAUUCUCAAGAUUGCAAUUCUUCUUCCCCAUUAGGGGCACAACCUAGUUAUCAAGGCAAAAAAGGCAUGCAUUCACGGAAAGAAUCUGAUGGGGCAACCAUUGUUAGAGUGACUGAGGAGCUUCUACCUUCUUUUCCCAAGAGUAUAAUGGAAAAAAAGUUAAGACAGUUGCUGGACCUAUGAUAUCUUUUAAUCUUGAAGUAGACAUCAUCAGUGGGUAUGUAUUCUCGGGUAAUCUUGGCCGUUGUGAAUAUUCUUUCGCCUCCAUCCAUCAUCAUCGUCAUCAUCAUCAAAUUUUUCACUGUUUGGAGUUGCAAGUCGAGAAACGAGUUGACGAUCAUCGCCAUUACAGGACAGGGAUGGUAACCAUUUUUGUAUUUGAGGUUACCUAUCCAAAUUUUGAGUACUUACACAGCAUUUUUUCUUAUUGUAUAUAUUAAGUGAUUAACUUGAGUCAACUUUAAGUCAAAUAUAUGAGUGCAUUUUUAAUAUUAUGAGUAAAAUGCAUUAACAUUAUUAUUUAUUAUAAAAAUCAUCACAUUUCGUUGAAUAUUCAAAAAU